GCCAAGCUAAAACCACUAAAGCUAGAUAUAUACGUCUCUCACUUUGAGGAGAUUCGGAAAAGAGCUAAAAGGCGCAUUAUUAAUUAACAAUAUUAAGAUAUAUCAAAUUUAUAAUACUGUCAAGUAAGUUUAAAAACACACGUAAACUUAAGUUGAGGGGGUGUAGGAACUAAAAAUGAGGCAUUUAGUAGUUGUGGCCUUAUUACUUGGGCUCAUAUCAAUAUUAAGUGAAGUGUGUGAGUCUACUCAUCGUUUAAAUUUGCAAAUAGGGCCUAUUGUGAUUGGUCGAGGUCGAGGCCGAGGUAAGCCCUCUAAGGGUAGUCCACCUCCACCUCCACCUCCUCCUACCCCUACUAGUCCUAGUACACCUUCUGGGUUGAAGGUAGGUUUUUACAAAGGGCUAUGUCCUAAUAAUGUGGAUGUUGAGGCAAGUAUUACAACCGAAGUUCAAGUACAAUUUGGCAAGGAUCCAACUAUUCUUCCUGCCCUUCUUCGCAUGCAAUUUCAUGAUUGUUUUGUUCAUGGAUGUGAUGCGUCAAUCCUAAUAGCCGGGUCUUCAAGUGAGAGAACAGCAGGUCCUAAUCUUAGUGUAAGAGGAUAUGAUUUGAUAGAUACUUUAAAAGGUGUUGCAGAAGCCGCAUGUCCCGAUGUUGUCUCUUGUUCAGAUAUUAUUGCAAUCGCUACUAAAGAAGUACUUAAAUUGGGAGGAGGACUAGAAUAUCUUGUAGAAACAGGACGAAGAGAUGGACUCGUAUCAAAUGCCGAUGAUGUUGAUCUUCCAAGUCCUUUUGCAUCUGUUUCUGAUAGCAUUUCAGCCUUUGGUGCCAAAAAUUUUAAUCCUGAAGAAAUGGUUGUUCUCUUAGGUUGUCAUACGGUAGGAAUAUCACAUUGUGACUUCUUUGAAGACCGUUUGUACCAAGAUACUAACCAAUUUGACCCAAAUAUGGACUCAACCCUUCGAACACAAUUGAAGCCGGUAUGCCCUAAAGGAAUGGGAUCAAACAACGUUACCUUUCUUGAUCAAAAUCCGUCGAGCUCAAACAUAGUUGACAACUCUUUCUUUGAUCAAAUUGUCAAGCAAAGAGGAAUUUUACCAAUUGAUCAAGCACUAGCUCGUGAUCGUCAAACAAAGGACUUUGUUCAACAACUCGCCCAAAAUCCUAACGCAUUCGCUACGAAAUUGGCUAGUGCCAUGGUGAAGUUGCAAGCACUUGAUGUGCUCACUGGUAAUCAAGGGCAAAUUAGAAAAGUGUGUAGCAAGUUCAAUUAGAGUGCUUCUUCUAUUUGAUGAAUUGAAGCACAAGAUUUUGAACGUUUCGACAAGGCAUGAUAAUGAAGAGUCAAAGACUAAGCUACUUGGCAUUCAAAAGAGAAGUCGAGUUAUAAUAUUUCUAACAUGUAUUUUUUACAAUAAUAAUGUAGCCGUUGUAAUAUUGUUGUGAUUUGUGUCAAUAAUACAUUUUCAAUUUUGCUUACUAAAAGAAAGCAAUAUGCAAGUUUAUAUGAUUUGAUUGGAAU